UUUUCGUUUCAGUUGAGAGUUGUGAUUCCUGAAGAAUGUUCUGAUUUGCAAUUUAAUUUUAAUUUUAAUAUUAUAUCUUAAGAAAAUCAAACCAUGAAACCGUCCAGCCGCAGCUGGAGUCCCGAGGACAUGCAGCAGUGCGUUCAGGACAUCAAAAAUGGCAUGACGAUUUAUGCCGCGAGCAAGAAAUACAAAAUUCCCAAAAAUACCAUCCGCUACAGACUAAGCGGCAAGUGCAAAAAGGGCACGCGUGGAGCAUCCUGUGCGCUAUCGGGUAGCGAGGAGAAAUCGAUUGUAUCCUGGAUUUUGGAUCUACAGCAGCGAGGUUUCCCUCCGGUCAGCCGGCAGGCCGUGAAGGAAAAGGUGGCGGACUAUCUGGCCGCAACUCAGAGGAAGAAUCCGUUCAUAAAUGGAGUCCCGGCGCGUAGGUGGUUCGAUGGGUUUCUUCAACGGAAUUCUCAAGUUCCAAAGGAGUACUUUUACGAGUCAAACGUAAGUAAAAAGGAGACCACUGUUGAAGAUAUUCACAAAUGGUUUGCUUCCGCAAAAAGUUGGAUUGAACAACAUUCUCGCGCCGAUAUCAUGCUCGAUCCUAAACGUGUCUUCAUUGGAGACGUAAUAUCGUUCGAAGUACAGUCUAAGACAAACGAACUAGCGCUACGAAAAAAGGACUCGUCUAGCAGUCCGGAUGUGACCGUACUGAUCACUUACAGUGCGUCGGGAUCGUUGGUUCCACCCGAAGUAAUUCUACCCAACGACCAAACAAAAUACAAAAAAAUCGCUAAAGAACUACCCUUCAAUUGGUCAACAAAAGAAAGCGUGCUUGGCAGGGUAACAUCCACGCUGCUGUAUGAGUACAUCGAUAAGAAAUUGCAUCCAUUUCUGGUUCAGAAUAAAGUGAAACGCCCGAUUCUGCUAUUUGUAAACCACGUGAUAGCGAGAGAAGCCAUGAAGCUGACCGAGUUUUGCGAAUCCUUAGGCAUAAUACUAUUCUCACUUUACCACAACGCCACCCAAAUCACGCAACUAGAGCAGCAAUUAGACAAGUGGACAUCGGAACAUCAAAACGAAAUACUCACCUUGCCAUACUUUGGCCAAAUUCUCCCCAAGCUAAUGGAGCAAAACAUCGUUCACGAAUCAAUUCUAAAUCAGUUCGGCGAAUGGAAACUCUUCCCAAGCAUUUUGGACGACAUCCCCAACGACGAACCAACCGUCUUUGCAGAAGAAUUUCCCGACACAACGCAACCACCACCAACACAGGAAAAGAUACUCGAUCCCGCCGCACCAUUUAAAGUAACCCUGCCCCCAUCCGCCGAACCACCGCCAGCAUCGACUUCUUCGAGCGAGCACGUUUCCAUCCCGGUAGAAGACAUCGUGCAGGCCGUUGACAUGAUCGGACCCGUGACGAUGCGGAAAAUUAACGGCGAUUUGGCCAAUCUAUCCCGCGAGGAGCGCAUCAUCCGGUUCUUUUACCGAAAGUUUGUGCAACCCUACGUGGCCAACAUAAGCAGCUUAAGCAGCGAGGACCAUUCAUCGGACACGGAAUACGUUCUCCUCGAAGCGAACAGUGACGCCGAGUCGCUGGCGGUGAAAGAUGAACUGAUCGAUUUCGAUGAUUCAAUUCUUUGAAAUUGGCGUGACCAGCUGUUUAAGGUAUUUUUAUUUAGUUUUAAAGAUACAAAACGAUUCAUGAAAUAAAAUAUAGACUUACCCUAAAAAAAU